GUUGGGGGAGGAUGGACAAUGUGGGGAAGUUUCUGGAAACAGAGAGAUGGCAGCAAAAGAGAGAAGGAAUCUGGAGUGCUGGGGUGGACAUGGCAGUGAGGAGAGAAGUCGGGGAGGAGGAAAAGGAGGAGGCAUUGCCAUGCCUUUGGUCCUGGUCAGCUUUGAAACCCACUUGGGCCAAGGCUCCCUGUCAAGGGGAAGCCCAGUCUGGAAGAUCCUCACAAGCCAGUCCUGCCUUGAUAGGAGCUCAGAAGAAGGUGCCCAGGGCCUCGGAGAGGGCUUAGGAGGGGCUGAGCAGUUAAGACUGGGCCAGGGCCAGAGGAGAAGGAGGCAGGAGGCUGGAAGGCGGUUGGAGGAGACGACGAGGUGAUGUAGAGGUGAGGCGCUGGGGAGCGGCUGGGCCACUGGGACACAUCUUCCUGGAGUACUUUUUAAAAAGUGUUUUGUGGGCUUGCAUUGUUUGGAGGAGGGAACCUGGGGUAAAGUGGGCCAUAGCCCACCUUGGGCUGGACACCUCCCACCCACUCUGACUGUGGGACUCUCGGGCCUGCUUCUCCCUUGUUGAGAUGCCUUAAGGGAGGCAGAAAAUCAAAAGAACAGAGCAGCAGAUUCCCUCACAGAGAGGAGCAAGUCUGUGGUAAGGGACAUAGUGCAUCCUUGGCAGAGAGAUGUUAAAUCCACCCCAAUGCCAGCCUGGGGGCUGCAGGUCUGGGGCUCUGGACCAGCCUCAGAGCAUGUGGCUCUCUGCCUUUCAGACAGCAGAGGGCAGAAGACCAAGAGAGCCCUGUUGGCACAGAGAAUGUCCAGGCCUCCACGGAAGCCUGGAAGCCUGCUCACACGAGAUCCAGGACAGGAGCAGCCCGGCAGGAUGCAGAAAGGGAAGCUGCAGCCAGUGGCCAUGGCCCAGGGGGCUGAGCAGGCCUCACAGAGGGCCCGGGCAUUCACGGGCCUUGCAGCUGCCCAUUCAGCACAGUCAGGUGCAAAGACUUUUCCAAAUUCUUCCCCCUGAGGCAGCUUUGCAGAAGAAAACUUUCUACCCCUGACACCCCAGCAGCUGACAGCAUUCCAGGAUAUCUUCAAACUGUUCUGCUCCAGCCAGACAGGUACUGUAGGCACUGUGGACAUGCUGAGCAUGAAAGCCACGCUGCACAACGUGGGUAUCCAGCUGAGCCCACAGGAGAUGUGUGAGGCUCUACAGCAGGCCGACUUGGAUGGUGAUGGAACAGUGAGCUUCAGAGACUUUGGUGUCCUCACAGACAGCCCCCGCAUCCCUCAGGGCUUGGGCCAGGUGAGGAACAGCCGGGUGUGUGACCCCCAGGGCCUGCAGACCCUGUUCUGAGAGAUGCUGUUCAAGCUGAUGAGCCAGGGCUUCGUGCCGUACAAGUCAGUGCAGGAGGUGAUGAGCUGCUGCUCCAAGAAGCAGCAGGCUCUGCGGCUGCACCGAGGCUGGAAAGGCCGGUCCCGCAGCCCCUGCCGCACCGAGCGCGCUCACGCGGGCCUCACCUUCUUCUGCCAGGCCGCGCGCCUUGGCGGCCUUUCCAACGCGGAGCUGGUGCGCUUGCUGCGCAGACUGCGCAGAGCGGGUAAGCGCAGCCGCUACUCUCAGAUACCUAACCUGGCCGGGAGGACGCGGCUAGCACGCAAGACGGGGAACGGAGCCCCGAAUCGCAACGUCCGACUUCCCAAGACCUACCAGUCCAGCAGCCCCAGGCUCCGCCCAACCAGGGGCGGAUCCGCCAAGGUGAAAGCUGGGGAAGGAGGGCAGAAGCCCUUCUCCCCUUCGCCAACCUGUUUGCAGAGACCUGCUAUGAAGAACUUGUACAAGAAAAGUGUUUGCUGAGCGCAACAGGCUGUGCGUG